GACGGAAAUUGCCUCUUCCGUUCCUUCUCCGACCAGCUCUACGGCACGCCAGAGCACCAUGCGCUCGUGCGGGACCGGUGUUCGAAGUACAUCGCCAGCGAGCGGGACUAUUUCGAGCAGUUUGUGACCGAGCCGUUCGAGCAGUUCUUGGCCCGGAUACAACGAGAGGGCGAGUGGGGCGACGACGUGGAGAUCGAGGCUGUGUCCGAGAUCUACGACUGCCGAGUGGAGAUCUACGCUCCGUACAACCAGGCAUUCCUUAGCUUGUGA